GUCUUGCUGCGGGUAAUGAAGGAUGCGCAUGCGCAUCCCGGCUUCCGGUCAUUUAACGUAGUCGUCGAAAGAGUUUUGGAAAAGAUGGAGCGCAAGUGCAAUGAUCCAUGUCAUUCGGCGUGCCAGCUGGAUGAGUUGACUGUGGUAAUCUAACAGACCUUUUUGGAAUCCGGGCACACCAGAGGCUGGAGGCUGAUAGACUUCUCGUCUUGGUUGAUGGCACCUCCUUGGCCCGGGCAGACGUUGCGUUUGCGAGCUCAGACUUUGUCUUCUCUCAGUUUGACAUGGCAGUCGCCUCCAACGCUGUGGUAGCAGGAACAGAUCUAGCCGGCCCCUCUCCGCGGUUCUUUACAACCAGAAGAGGAGGCUACAUCAUAGUCGAGCUCUCUCUUCUGAUGCAGCCGUGGCAGCUUCUGAACAUUGCGUCGAACUUCCUCAUCGUCGCGGAUACUCGGCUUUCCUUGGUCCGUUCAUGGGUGUGAUGCUCACUAACUAUUUCCCUGUCCGACGGAAGCUGAUGCUGACCAACUUGUUUGAGAUGUCGGGGCGAAGCAUCUACUGGUUCUGGCGUGGGUUCAAUUGGCGAGCAGUCAGUGCUUUGGGCACUAGGAACUUGGCCUGCUUUUGUUUCAAACUUCGCGGAGCAUGUGCAGCAUUCCGAUGUUGUUUCCUUAGGAUGGACGCAUAUCUACUGGAGGUCUGGUCCGUCGGCUGUCUGACUUCGAGAAGCGUGUAAUCUGUCCUGGAUCACAUCUAGCCAAUACCCUUCACGAGAGCCGUCGAUGACGAAGACGCCUUUGGAACAUUCUC